UAAGCAUUGGCUAUUUAAGUUGUUAACUAAGGGCACGCGUGUCCACAGUCUUCAGAAAACUCUAAGAUGUCGCGGUUGGGCUGUUUAAUACUGCUUUUAAGUUUGUCUCUUGUAGCUGGCCAAAUUGGCUAUGAGGGAUAUCACAUCUAUGAGGUCACUCCUUCAACUCCAGCACAAGGCGAACUCUUGAAACAGCUGAGCCAACAAGGCUAUGAUUUCUUCAGCUUCAGUCGCUCGUUGGGAAAACCUUCUAGGAUACUUGUUAGUCCCGAACAAUUGGAGAACUUCCAGGGAUUACUCACAGCUCAACAGCUUAAUCAUGGACUGAUCAAUGGAAACCUGGGUGCCACAAUUACUGAGGAGUUUGCUCAGCGUCAAAUGCAGCGCCUCUUGAAGCCAAUUACAGGCAAAGGACGACUGACCACAGAUCGUUACUAUACACAUGAGGAGAUCACCAACUAUAUAAAUGAUCUGGCUGCACGGUAUCCAUCUCGUGUCUAUGUCAAGACUGUGGGUUGGUCAUACGAGAAGCGGGAGAUGAAAACGAUUACAAUUUCCAAUGGAGAUGGUCGUCCCAAUAAGAAGGUCGUCUUUAUGGACGGUGGCUUUCAUGCCCGUGAAUGGAUCUCUCCAGCAGCUGUUCUAUAUGUGAUUGAUCAACUGGUAGAAAAGUUUGAAGAGAAUGCGUAUCUGCUUAAAGACUAUGAUUGGGUCAUUUUGCCCGUGGUUAAUCCCGAUGGUUAUGAACAUACCCAGACUGGAACUCUGGCACGCAUAUUUCGCAAGACUCGGCAACCCUAUCAGGUGCUGGGCAAGACCUGUUAUGGCGCUGAUCCAAACCGCAACUUCGAUUUUCAUUGGAACGAGGAAGGCGCCUCAUCAAAUCCUUGCGUGGACACGUUUGCUGGACCAACAGCCUUCUCUGAACCCGAGACAAUUGUGGUGCGGGACUUAAUGCACUCUCUGGCGGAUCGUGGCAUUAUGUAUCUGACCAUCCAUUCCUUUGGCAACUAUUUACUAUACCCCUGGGGUUGGACAAGUGAUUUACCAGACACUGUUGAUCAGCUUGAUGCUGUGGCACGUGCUGGCGGUGAUGCCAUUGAAGCUGCCACAGGCACAGUUUAUGAGGUGGGUAGCUCUACCAAUGUGUUGUACAUAGCUGCUGGAGCUAGCGAUGAUUAUGCAUUCCAUGCUGGAUUUAAUAUUUCCAUCACCAUGGAACUCAGUGGAGGUGGUGUCACUGGUUUUGAUCCACCUGCCAGCAGCAUCGAUGAGUUCGUAACCGAAACCUGGAUUGGAAUCCGUGCCAUGGCCGAAAAGAUGAUUGAAAUCUUUUAAAAUUUAAUGUUUAAUAAAUUCAAUACUCUAAAGAUUAGGUCUUAUGGGUAUGAAGUAUAUCUCA